CGCAGCUACUGGCUCAUGAAAGCCGAGCCAGAGUCCCGCAUUGAGAAGAACGCCAACGGUGACGAUGUCGAUGUCAAGUUUUCCAUUGACGAUCUUCGUUCCCGCACAGAGCCUGAACCAUGGGAGGGCAUUCGUAACGCGCAGGCCCAGAACAACAUGAAGGCCAUGAAGGUCGGAGAUCUCGCUUUCUUCUACGAGUCGAAUUGCAAGAAGCCCGGCAUUGUUGGCAUUAUGGAGAUUGUCAACGAAGCCAGUCCUGACCCUAACGCUUUUGACAAGAGCAGUGCCUACUAUGAUCCAAAAUCUGAUCCUGCAAAGCCGAAGUGGAUGCUCGUCCAUGUCGAGUUCCGUCGCAAGUUUAGCGAGAAAUUCACUCUCAAAGACCUCCAGAAGUUCUCUCAGCCUGGAGGUGCUCUUGCUGGCAUGGAGCUUUUUAAACAGUCACGCCUCUCAGUCACCAAAGUCACCAAGCCUCAAUGGGACUUCAUCAUGAGCCAAGUUGACGAGGACGAGGAU